AUGUCUUUUGAUACCGUUCACGCGCCUGGCGUGAUCAAAAUCGCACCAUGGCAAGCUUUCGACAGAGUGUGGACAUCCGUCAUGGGAUACCACGCGAAUGAAUUCCGAUUCAAGGAGGGGGUGACUCCAAUGUCGACGCUGAAUGAGACGGUGGGAAUGAUUGUCCUGUAUCUUGUGGUUAUCUUUGGUGGUCGUGAGUUCAUGCGCAACCGUGAAUCGCUAAAGUUAAACGGCCUGUUUAAGGCCCAUAACCUCUUCUUGACACUCCUGAGCGGUGGUCUUCUAGUUCUCUUCAUUGAGCAACUAGCCCCUACCAUUUGGAAGCAUGGUGUCUACGAGAACAUCUGCGGUGCAGAUGGCUGGACUGAUGAGCUCGUGACCCUAUACUAUCUUAACUACAUCACGAAAUAUAUCGAGCUGAUCGACACCGUCUUCCUAAUGGUUAAAAAGAAGCCUCUUACCUUCCUGCACACUUAUCACCAUCCAGCAACGGCAUUGCUUUGCUACACCCAACUCCUCGGCCAUACGUCGGUAUCAUGGGUCCCGAUCACGUUGAACUUGACGGUGCACGUUGUGAUGUACUGGUACUACUUCCAGAGCGCCCGAGGUGUCAAGGUCUGGUGGAAGGAGUGGAUUACCAGGAUGCAAAUUACGCAAUUCAUCCUUGAUCUCGGUUUCGUGUACUUUGCAUCGUGGGACUAUUUCGCAAGCGCCCACGCUCCGUAUCUGCCCCAUGUGGGGCGAUGCGCGGGUGAACCAUUCGCAGCGGUCUGUGGGUGCCUCAUCUUGAGCUCGUACCUGGUUCUGUUCAUCAUGUUCUACAUUGCCACCUACAAGAAGGCAUCCUCGCGAAAGGCCAAUAAGAAGGCCGAUAAGCCUGCGGUGUCCUCGAUGAAGCAGAGCGCGGCCAUGGUCGCGGAUAGCUGCAGCGGAGUGGAACACAUGAACAGCUCGUUAGUAGCUAGAAAGUGA